AUGGCUUCCGUCAAGGAAUCCGUCACCGAGGCCCUCCUCGGUUCCACCGAGGAGCCCAAGCUCAGCGAGCAGGCCAAACAAACCUUCUUCCGCUAUGCCAUCAAGGAUGACGCUUCGGGCGAGCCCUACCUGGGCCGCGAGCAGUUCAUCGAUGCCGUCGCGCCGCCGAGCGAGGACUACCACAAGAUCAAGCGCGACCAGUACGGCAUCCUGUUCGAGGUCGCAGACCGCAAAAAGACUGGCCGCGUGACUCUCCACGACUGGACCAACUUCGAUAACCUCGUGUCGAAGCCCGAUGCCGAGUACGAGAUCGCGUUCCGUCUCUUUGACGUCGAGGGCACCGGCCUGGUCAGGUUCGACAACUUCCUAGAAAUUUACAACAAGCACAAGGGCGAUGAUGCUCUGCCUUUUGACUGGAGCUCGGAAUGGGCGUCAUUAUACAUUGGUCGCAAGAACAAACGCCACACGAUGACGUACCCGCAGUUCUCCCAGAUGCUGCGCGGACUGCAGGGUGAGAAGGUUAGGCAGGCUUUCUUGCACUUCGACAAGAACGGCGAUGGCUACAUCGAGCCCGAGGAGUUCCAGCGCAUCAUUCAGAACACCGCUGCCCACAAGCUCUCCGACCACCUGUUGGACAACCUGCACACUCUCUGCAACAUCUCCGCAGGCAGCAAAAUUUCCUACGCCAAUGUGCGCGCCUUCCAGAACAUGAUCCGCGAAAUGGAUCUUGUCGAGCUCAUCAUCCGCAAUGCCACCAACAAGAGCAGUGAUGGCAAGAUCACCCGCUCAGACUUCUUGAAUGAAGCUGCGCGCAUCACCCGCUUCUCCCUCUUCACCCCCAUGGAGGCCGAUAUUCUCUUCCACUUCGCCGGUCUCGACGAGCCCUCUGGCAGGCUCGGUCUCACCGACUUCGCCAAAGUCCUCGAUCCCUCGUGGCACACGUACAUUGAGCGCGGUACGGACCUGGUGUCCGACAUUGGCACCAAGACCUUUGCUAAGACGAAGACGCUCAUGCACGACAUCUUGGAAUCGGCACACCACUUUGCGCUCGGAAGUUUGGCUGGUGCCUUCGGUGCCUUCAUGGUCUACCCCAUUGACUUGGUCAAGACGCGCAUGCAAAACCAGAGGAGUCAGCGUGUUGGAGAGCGUCUGUACAACAACUCGAUCGACUGCUUCAGGAAGAUCGUCAAGAACGAGGGUUUCCGCGGUCUGUACGCUGGUGUGCUGCCUCAGCUCGUCGGUGUUGCGCCGGAGAAGGCUAUCAAGCUUACGGUGAACGACUUGGUCAGAGGAAAGUUCACGGAUAAGAAGACUGGUAACAUCUGGUGGGGUUGGGAGGUUCUCGCCGGUGGUUCGGCCGGUGCUUGUCAGGUGAUUUUCACCAACCCUCUGGAGAUUGUCAAGAUUCGCCUGCAGGUUCAAGGUGAGAUCGCAAAGAACGUCGAGGGCGCGCCAAAGAGGUCAGCGAUGUGGAUCGUCCGCAACCUGGGUCUCGUCGGUUUGUACAAGGGUGCCACUGCCUGCUUGCUCCGUGACGUUCCCUUCUCGGCCAUCUACUUCCCCGCCUACAACCACCUCAAGAGGGACGUCUUCGGCGAGUCGGCGCAGAAGAAGCUCGGCGUGCUCCAGCUCCUGACGGCGGGUGCCAUCGCUGGUAUGCCGGCUGCUUACCUCACAACUCCGGCCGACGUCAUCAAGACUCGUCUGCAGGUCGAGGCACGCAAGGGCGAGGCUACGUACACGUCGCUGCGUCACGCGGCCAAGCUCAUCUGGCAACAAGAAGGGUUCCGCGCUUUCUUCAAGGGCGGACCGGCGCGUAUCAUGCGUUCGAGUCCUCAGUUCGGCUUCACGCUCGCGGGCUACGAGGUGCUGCAGAACCUGCUGCCCAUGCCGGGCUCGACGCAUGGCGAGGGAGUGGGAGGCCACGUGGAACCGGCAGUGGGCCUGCAGGCGGCAACGGCGCCGCUGCCGUACCUGCGGAGUCGCAACGCGCUGAAGAUCAUCUUGGAUCUGGACGAGAACUUCGGACGGCCCAAGUUGCCGGCUGGCGCCAAAUGGGAAGGGUUCCCUGGGUUCGGCGGCAAGAUCGUCGGUUCGUCAUCGUGA